AUGCAUCUCAUCGACGAGAACCUUCUGCGCAACCUCAUUCUGCUCUGGACAUCUGAUUUCAAGGGACUCGAUGAAGGCACAGGCACAUAUCAACUAGCGCCCUCGGUUUGGGAUGCCAUAGGUCAAGCGACGCAAAGAACUGGUGAUACGAUCCCCUCUUCCUAUUGCAGCCGACCACCAAACAUCGCCAAGGACAAAUCAAGCACGACUGCGGAUAGUAUGUCUUUCUGGUCACUGUAUCUGGGCCCUGUAUUGCUGCAUCGCCGUUUCCGUAGUACCCUCUACUAUGAUCAUUUCUUAGAGCUGGUCACACUCCUUCAUAUUGCCCUCAAGUUCGAAUACUCCCGUGAUGAUGUCGAGCAGAUGAGGACUGGCUUUGCUCGCUGGGUCGAGCGGUACGAAACUCUAUACUAUCAACACGACCCCUCACGAAUCUCCACCUGCCCUGUCACGAUCCAUGCUCUCCUUCACAUCAUAGACGGCAUCCACGCAGCAGGCCCCGUAUGGGCUUAUUGGGCAUUUCCAACAGAGAGGCACUGUGGACAACUUCGCUCCGGGAUUCGAAGCCGCCGCUUUCCUUUCGCCAGUCUUGACCGUUUUGUCCGUGAAACGGCUCAGCUUACAACAAUACAAAUGGUACACAACUUGCACGAUGAACUCUCGUUCUCCCAUCCUAUCAAGAUACAACGUAGCGUAUACAGCAACCCAGCAUAUGAGUCUUGUGUCCUCCUUGACCCGUGCGGCACAGCAACUCUUGCCACCACUCCGUUGUCAUCUCAUAUCAUUGCUUCCUUGGCCACACGCUUUGGCACCAGCUCGUCUACGGUACGACAACAUCUCAGGUUCAACGAAGUAAGAAUCCAGCAGUGGGCUAAGGUUCGGAGGCUGGAGGGAGGUGAUAUCAUGCACGCUUCGGAGCUGGUCUCUGCAGUAACAGAAGAUCGUCGAGAUGCGACCUUUAUUCGCUACGAGGCCUACGUUGAUGUGAACGCACGUCACCGGAACCUGCCAAUUCACCUGGAAGGCCGUACCCAUUAUGGUCAGCUCCGCCGAAUCUUCGUAGUCGACCUUCCGGCCUGCCCUGAUCUUGGACUACUGGAGCCGACAUCCAUCAUUCUUGCAGCUAUUCAGGACUGCAAAGUGGUCGGACAACUCAAACCUUUGGACAUCUACUUCUACUCAGAGCUGGCCUCCGCACACGUCGUUGAUAUCAAAUGCCUUCAGUGUGUUAUUGGUCGUGUACGGUACCGCGACUCAGGUCCACGACAGUGGGCCAUUAUUGAUCGGAGUGGAGGGAUGGCACGGGCAGAAUUUACUGAUUAA